CGAGAGAAAGGACGAGAGUGAGAGAGGGAGAGGGGAGAGAAGACGUUGACUAUAGGCUACGCCUCUGCAGUUUAAGGAAUAUAUUAAAAGGAAAGUUUUUUACUGGGUGCAGCAGCACCAGUGAGUGAGAGCCCCAGCCCCCAGGCCAGGCCCCAGUCCUCAGUGUGGAGUGAUGGAGCUGCCCCGUGUUGGGAACUGCAGAGCCAGGCGACGGACACCCCUGCUGCUGAUGUGACGGAGACACGCAAGAUGUAACUCGUGGAUUCUUCUUAAAGGCCCCACUCAAAUCCCUAGACGACAGAAAAAAAGGAGUAACAUCUGUUUAUGCACAUAUUUCUGUUAAACCCCCCUGGAAAAAACAAGAGAUAGACAGAAGAUAAAACACCUUUAAAAAUGAAACAUUAAAAGGAACAAAUUGCCACUGGAGAAACUAAGCAAAGUCAACCUGGUUGAGGAAUCUAUCAUCUUGGGAUCAACAUCUUCGGAGAAAGGGCAGGGUCAUGUCCCAGUUGCCAUGCGCAUCACCACGGUGACCUGCCUUCCCUGCCCCUCUCCCCUCCUCCUCCUAUUGGUCCAGCUGCUACUGCGGCUCCUCCUCUCUGGGCCAGAAUUUGUAGAGGCCGCCUCCCCCUGCCCCACCCAUUGCAGCUGCUCCAAUCAGGCCAGUCGAGUCAUCUGUACAAGACAGAGUCUGGAUGGGGUGCCUGAGAGCAUAUCAGUCAACACACGAUACCUCAACCUGCAGGAGAAUUCAAUAGAGGUUAUCAAGUCAGACACCUUCAAGCACUUGAGGCACCUUGAGAUCCUGCAGCUGUCUAAGAACAAAAUCAGUCAGAUUGAGGUGGGAGCAUUCAAUGGCCUGCCCAACCUCAAUACGCUGGAGCUGUUCGACAACCGCCUCACCCUGGUCCCCUCACAGGCCUUUGAGUACCUCAGCAAGCUGCGGGAGCUGUGGUUACGGAACAACCCCAUCGAGACGCUGCCGGGCUACGCCUUCCACCGCGUGCCCUCGCUGCGCCGGCUGGACCUGGGAGAGCUCAAGAAGCUGGACUACAUCUCAGACGCCGCCUUCGUGGGCCUGGUCAACCUGCGCUACCUGAACCUGGGCAUGUGUGGUCUGAAGGACAUCCCCAACCUGACGGCCCUGGUGCGUCUGGAGGAGCUGGAGCUGUCUGGGAACCGUCUGGAGAUCAUCCGGCCUGGCUCUUUCCAGGGCCUGGUGUCUCUCCGUAAGCUGUGGCUCAUGCACUCGCAAGUGAAGGUCAUCGAGCGCAACGCCUUCGACGACCUGAAGAACCUGGAGGAGCUCAACCUUUCCCACAACUCCCUGCACUCGCUGCCCCAUGACCUCUUCACCCCGCUGCACCAGCUGGAGCGGGUGCACCUCAACCACAACCCCUGGGUGUGCAACUGUGACGUGCUGUGGCUCAGCUGGUGGCUGAAGGAGACGGUGCCCAGUAACACUACGUGCUGCGCCCGCUGCCACGCUCCACCCGGCCUGAAGGGCAGGUACAUCGGGGAGCUGGACCAGAGCCACUUCACCUGCUACGCUCCCGUCAUCGUGGAGCCGCCCACCGACCUCAACGUUACCGAGGGCAUGGCUGCAGAGCUGAAGUGUCGCACGGGCACCACCAUGACCUCGGUCAACUGGCUCACGCCCAACGGCACCCUGAUGACCCACGGCUCCUACCGGGUCCGGAUCUCCGUGCUGCACGACGGUACGCUCAACUUUACCAACGUCACGCUGAGGGACACGGGUCAGUACACCUGCAUGGUGACCAACUCGGCUGGCAACACCACGGCAACCGCCGUGCUUAAUGUCACUGCCGCCGACGUUGGCGUCAGCUACUUCACUACUGUCACCGUGGAAACGGUGGAGCCCAACGAGGGCCCGACAGUCUACGCGGGCGUCAUGAACAGCCACAACGAGUCAUACGUCAUUACCCCGUCUGGCCACCAGUGGAGGGGGGGGCUCCCUACCACCGCCUCCUCCCUGUCAGCCUGGUCCUUGUCCUCAUCCCGGGCCACCCGGCCCACCUUUACUGUGCCCAUCACUGCCGAGACGGGCUAUUCUGGCCUUGAUGACGUGAUGAAGACCACCAAGAUCAUCAUUGGCUGCUUUGUGGCCAUUACCUUCAUGGCAGCCGUGAUGCUGGUGGUCUUCUACAAGCUGAGGAAGCAGCACCAGCUGCACAAGCACCACGGCCCCGCCCGCGCCAUCGAGAUCAUCAACGUGGAGGACGAGAUUGGCGCCGGUGCUGGUGGACGCGGGAGCGGCAUCUCAGGGGGCGGCACCGUCUCUCGGGAUGGAGGCGGAGGGGGAGGAGUAGGAGGAGGGCAGAGCCUGAGGAUGCAUCACCCGGAGAUGGUCAACCUGCCCAACCUGGCCAGACAGGAGCACCUCAACCACUACUACAAGGCCCAUCACUUCAACAACAACAUGAUGGGCCUGGGCAUGGGCCUCAACAACAACAACAACCCCUCCCUCUCCCCCUGUUCCCAGAGCACCCCCAACUCCUGCGCACAGGGGCCCACCUCCACCAGUGGUGGCACCCCCACGGGUGGCUUGCUGCCCUCCCCUGUGCCCCUGCCCCAGCUGGGCAUCCACAGCUCUCUGAAGGGGCUCAUGGGGAAAGGCCAGAACCCUCAGAUCGAGCCUCUGCUCUUCAAGAGUGGCUCCAAGGAGAAUGUGCAAGAGACUCAGAUCUGAGAGAAAGAGAUAGAGAGAGAUGGAAAAAGAGAGAGAGAUGAAGAGACAGAAAACAGGGAGAUGGAGGGAGAGAGAGGAGUCUGAUUGUACUAUCCCCAUGGCCAUAUUUCGAUAGAAAGUGUAGGCAGGCAGAAUAUGAAAUAUUACAUAGACAUUGCUUUAUAUGGUUAGUGCAUAGAGAGAGAGAGAGAGAGGAGAGAUUGUUCUCACACCUCUACUGUGUCUGCUCAACACCCGUCCAAGCAUUAACAUCUUCUGAGACACUCCAAGACAAACACAGACACAUACAGCCCGACACAAGGACAGGAACAUUCUAUCUGCUAACACAUACACAGUGCAUUAUGAGAUUGACAACUAUGUGCCAAACUUGCGCAUGUCUGUGCCAAAGUAAAAGCCCUCGCAAUCUAUAUAUCCAUCCGCAGCAUUCCCAGACUGAAUCAGGUGACCAGGUUCAAUACCCAGACACAAUAAGAAUCACCACAGUUAUAACUGAAUACAGAUGACCUCGUAUAUUAUCAGAUACUAUCCAAGGCACCGUGUAUAUAUAGAGGUAAGAUCUGAGUCACUAUGUUGAAGUAGGCGGAUAAGUGUUUGGGACUGUGUCAGAGCAGUACAGGGCUGCCCAGACGCACUCUGUGGAACAGGACAGAAAGUAAACCAUUGAGCAGAACACAGUUUAGUGUCGGACAACAAGCAAUGUGUAGGAAGAGGAAACAACAUCAACAACGGUUGUGUUUUACUUAGUGGGCUCAAUCUCACUUUCUCCCCUCUUUCACACCUGACUGGCUACUCUCUUUAAAGGAGAGGAAGGUAUAUGAAGUGAAUCGUCGUAUAAAAAAUAAAAAAUCUAAUAGCAAAAAGGACAUACGAAAGAUACAAAUAAACUGUGAAAGUACAUAUUAUAUAUAAAUAUAUUUUCAUUCGAAGAAAUAAAUUAUGAAGAAUCUUUACCAAGUUUCUGACUAAAUAGCCACAGCUUCUGAAGAAUAUAUGAACUGCUGUCAUAGCGGUCAUCACUAUGAAAACUUUGUUUGGCUAGAAACAAGAUGGCCGACAUUCUGUGCUGGAAAGGGACAUAUUGUAGUGGAGGCUGUGGAUGAGCAAGAGCUGAAAUUGGAAACUGGCACAGUGUUUGAUUGAAUUUAUUUUGGUUUCAAUUUUUGUAGCAUCACAAAGCGUUCCCUCUCAUGCCACAUUUACAUAAACAGGGUCAUUGGAGAAGGGGGAUCUUUACUCUCCAUUUAAUGAGAACAUAUGAAAUAUGAUUACAAAACUUCACCCUUUGAUACAAACCAUAUGGAUAUUGUAAUGAUGAUAAUGAUGAUAAUUAUAAUAAUUCAGUAAAUACUUAUCAACCGUAUACUGUAGAUAGCUCUUAAAAGCAGAUAUAGGUUUAGCAUUUUCUCUGAUUCAAGUGGAAAUAUCUAAAAUUGCAAUGUGAUCGGUUUCAACUUUAUGCAUUCAGUAUGCAAUAUAUCAUGAUAUUGAGAGCAAAUUAUUAUUAUAAUUAUCAUCAUUAUUACUAUUAUUAUUAUUACUAUUGAUUAUUAUUGUUAUUAUUAUCAUACACUGAGUGUACAAAACAUUAGGAACACCUUCCUAAUAUUAUGUUGAAGCCCAUUUUGCCCUCAGAACAGCCUCAAUUGGUCGGGGAAUGGACUGCAAGGUGUUAAAAGCGUUCCACAGGGAUGCUGGGCCAUGUUGACUCCAAUGCAUCCCACAGUUGUCAAGUUGGCUGGAUGUCCUUUGGGUGGUGGACCAUUCUUGAUACACACAGGAAACUGUUGAGCUUGAAAAACCCGGCAGUGUUGCAGCUAUUGACACACUCCAACCUGUGCGCCUGGCACCUACUACCAUACCCCGUUCAAAUUCACCCUCUGAAUUGUCUCGAGGCUUAAAAAUCUGUCUUUAACCUGUCUCCUCCUCUUCAUCUACACUGAUUGAAGUGGAUUUAACAGGUGACAUCAAUAAGAGAUCAUAGUCUUCACAUGGUCAGUCUAUGUCAUGGAAAGAGCAGAUGUUCCUAAUGUUUUGUACAGUCAGUGUAUAGGUGGCAGAGCAGUCUAGUACAUCCUUAUGAAAGUUAUGUUUAUAAUUGAUUCAGUGGGGAAUGAUUUGAUUACACAUGGAACGAUGACGAUCCUUUCAACCACCAUAUUGACUCCAACAACAGGGGAUGGACUGUGUUCCACCAAACACCAACCUGCAGAAACAGGAAAUACAUGGUCCUCAAAAUGGCUGCUCCCACAUGGCAUCCUCACAGCCCAUAUCUCCUCAGAAACUCCUCUGUUUUGUACCACAACACCAGUCUCAGCCGAUCAGGACCCCUCGUUUUAUUCUGCUGUGUAAAAGACAUGAACCUUUGAGGAAGACUGCUCGUUUGCAGAGGAUUAUAUCAGAACUCAGUGUUCUCAUGUGUGAAUGGAAUUCAUGGCAGCAGGGAGCUAAAGGAGGACAGCAUUUUGAAGCGUUUGAAAGGUAAGAGAAACCUAUUCAAUGAAAGAGACAGAAAGCCUAGAUGAAUCAUGUGGUGAUGGGUGAUUUUUUUUUUUUAAGGAAAAGGACAAAUAAAUGAAAAAUAUAGAAACGUAUAGAUCUCUUAAAAAAAAGCUAUUAUAAGUGUUUUUUCAUUUUGUUUUUUUUAUCUAGUUUGAUUAUUUCCUUUUGAUCUUUUUUUAAAAUCAAGUGUUAUCUCAAUUGUAAUAUUGUUAUUGUUAUUAUAAUUUGCUAAUUACACUGGUUAUAAUUCUGAAAGAUGUUCUGUCAGCAGAAGUCACGUUGAAAAAUUAAAAUAUCUGGCACACAAAAUGGCGGUUGAACUCUGUGAAACUUGGUGGCAUUAGUUUUUUUGUGUUUUUUCCCAUUUAAUAUCCCUUUGGCUAAUACAGCUGUGCUUGAGUUGAGACACACAGAAUGUGAAAUGGCCGGCGAGGGGUCUUUUCCUGCACAAGGAGGACGGGAUAGAUCCUGCUUUGAUUUACAAGCUUGCUCACGCUCUCUCUCACUCUGUGAUUUUCAGAAUGUCAUAGCUAUCAGUGCUCCGAGUGUGAUUUCGCUAAGUCAACACCCUGUUUCCAUGACUACCUACCCUCAGAAUAAUGCGCCAAACAGCGUCACAUCUUGCACCUCAUAUGGUGCCUGAUGCCCCCUGUCAAUCAUGUUCCUUUAAGACAACAUAUCUCUCUACAAGCCAGCCAGUGUUCUUCCAACAGUCGCAAAUCACCUUUCACAGUGUGCCCAUAUCCUAACACAAUGUCCCUACAGGUUCCUACCACCAGGUUUCCCUGGCAACUGUUGCAGCUGCGACAGUCCUCAUCAUAGCAUCUUGAUUUGGGUUUCUGAUGCAAAUAGGAGGGAACAGACAGUAUAGAAGGCUAUUAACAUAUCCAUGGUCCUCACAAUAGAUAUUUAUAUUUUUUCACGGCGCUUAUGCAAGUGAUUUACACAUUCAUGUUGCUCAUGGAAAUAAUGAACAUAUUCCAUUGGCUUAUUCCAGUGACUUACAUCCUGUAUCUAUAUCAUCUACACACACUUUUGAUUUACCAAUGCAGUGAUUUACAUCGUCUAUAUCUCUUCUACAUGUCAGUUGCAUAUUCCUACACUAGUGCUGAACGUAUUAAUGUACCUUGCACUUGUGAUUAACACUCAUAUCCCAUGCACCAGUUAUUAACAUAUUUAUUUUACCAACAGGGAUCUUUAAUCCCCUCACUAGUUUUUUACAUAUUCGUGUGUGUGUGUGUGUGUGUGUGUGUGUGUGUGUGUGUGUGUGUGUGUGUGUGUGUGUGUGUGUGUGUGUGUGUGUGUGUGUGUGUGUGUGUGUGUGUGUGUGUGUGUGUUCGUUCAGUGGUUCUGACAACAACUAUUCCCACAGUACUCUGGAUGUGACUCCCUGACUGUCUUGUCACCUCAGAAAGCAUUAUGAAGCCUUAUGAAGCUCUUAUGAAGUGUCACAGAGAAGCUAGAAAGGCUUAGUGGCAGAACAAGUUAGGCCAGUGCCCCACAGUCCCAGUAACAUCACUGCAGUGACUGAGUCACACAGCACUGAACACACAGUUAACACUAAUGGAAACGCUGUGUUUACUGUGCAGGAAGAGACCCGCUCGCCCAACCAUUCAGGGAAUAAGUCAAGUAUGUAUGUGUGUGUGUUCGCGUUCAGUUACGGUACCUACAGUAGUAUUUUUGAUUACUAUGGCAACUUGAUAUUGUUUCCAUUAUUUAGAAUGCAGCUAUAUCAGUGUGUGUGUGCAUGCGCCUGCUAGGUGAGUGUAUGUAAUGUGUGGGUUGUAUAAGGAGGAUGCAGAGUGAGAGAGAGAGAGAGGGAGGGGGCCAGUCAGACCUCCAUUUUAAAUCCCCAGUUUAAAGCAGUUCUCUGUCUGUUUCCCUCUGCUCCAGGCUGGUUUAUGAUCCUCUCACUGACACUUUAAGUAAAAAGGGGAUUUCUAGUUAAGCAGGGUUUCCCCCCCUCUCCCCUCUGCCUAUUGGGAUAAGCCCAAGAGAUCAAAGAUCUGCUCUAUCACGGCCAGUCUCUUUAGCAUUCCACUGGCCUCUGCCUCUCUCAACUCGUAGUCAAUCUGAGGUUACGAGCUUGUGGUCAAGUCGCGUGUCACACCGCCCUAGUUAUCCUCACUGUUAAACCAGCCAAUCAAGGCUAUAGUGUUUCCUAAUUGGACAGGGGCCGAUGGCCUCGGUUAUCCUGACAUGUUUGGCUGUUCUAGCUCAGGUCCUGGUCUAAUGAGACAAUAUUAAUCAGGCUUUUGAUAUAUUUAGGAUGUGAUCUUAAUUAUCUUAAUUGGUAGAACCUGCUGUGUUCUGAUCAGAGCAGCUUUUUUUAUGUCACCUUUAUUUAACCAGGUAGGCCAGUUGAGAACAAGUUCUCAUUUACAACUGGGAUCUUUGUGUUUUUAGAUAGUCAUGUUUCAGGGGCCUUAUUUGAGCUUGAGGUGAGUGUAGCCGAUGUGAAAUGGCUAGCUAGUUAGCGGUGGUGCGCGCUCGUGGUGUUUCAAUCGGUGACGCCACUUACUGUUACAUGAGCAUAGCCUUGUUUAGGUGAGACAACACCUUUAGGGAACCAGCCAGGUCUACCAUUGGAGCUGGUCCCAUAUGUGGGUGGUGAACAGAUGUAAGCCAUAGAAUUAGUAAGUUGUUGUUAUCUUCCCUCGUAGAGUUUCAUUUCAAUUCUGUCACCCAACCAUUUAAAACUAGUUGUGAAACGACAGUGGAGCUGCUACAUUAUUGAUACUCAUAGGGUCAAUGAUGCAUACGCUCCAGCGCCAAAUGCAAAUGCUCCUCCCAGUUGUCUAGGCCAGAAGUGUCAAACCGCUGUAAUUUAUAAGCAUUAUUAUUGCUAUCAUAUUUUUUAACGGCCAUCAGAUGGCCUAUGAAUACAGACCCAGAGAAACCUUGCGGCUUCUAUUGUCACACAUGAUGAUGAUGAUGAUGAUGAGGAUGAUGGCGACUGAGACGGCAGGACGUUCAGAUGCAGAUCUGUGUGUCUGUAGUCUCUAGUCUCCUAGUUUAACUUUACGUCAUUGUCAGACUAGUAGUCAGUGAUUUUAUUACUAUGACGGCAGUCGGCCUUUAGAUGGGUUUUAAGCGCGUCUACUUCUACGAGGAUGGUGUUUAGAUGCUCUCUUGGUUAUUCUGCUUGUGCGUGUGGUGCUGGCUCAGAGUAUUUCCUGUCCAUAUUCUCCCUGUGAGGUUUUGUGGAGGUUGAGAUCAUAUGCUCAUGGACGUCAGUCUGCGCCAUCCGUGUGAUUUGUACAAGAGCCUGCAGCCACUUAUUAAACAGGCCUCCCUGUUGCCUAUGCACAUACGUAGGAGCACACAUACACACGCACAAGCACAUAUAGGCAUGAGCGCACACACAUUUGCGGAUUGACUGACAUUGACUGACUAAUUGAUUGUGAAUGAUUGAUUGAAAGGGGCUUUCUUAAUGAUGUGUGUAUUUGUGCGGUGGGCUUAACACAAACCUCUCGCCAGCUCCCAGCAGGGCUGCAGUUCAGAGGCUGGGGCUUUGUGUUCUGUGAAGGUGUCCUUAAUUUGAGAACAGAGAGACAUUAACAUAUGGCUUAUUUCAUUGUUUCCUUGGCAACCGUGUCCUCUGUCACAAGAUGUCCGUUUUGGUUGACUUGGGCGGCUGACAUGAGAGUGUUAGCGUGCCGUGACGCCGGGGAGAUUAGCGGUGUCUCAUCGUGGAUGACUUCAUCUUCUGUCGAUGACUGUCCUGUGCUAGAGGUCAGGCAACCUCAGGUGGAGAGGUUCAUAAGAGGGGAAGUUUUAUUUUUACCAACCAAAUCUACUAUUAUUUAGAUUUCACUUGUUUUUGAGAAACUUACUCCAACCAGUGAUUCACUUCCUCAUCCCUGUAAGGGGGCUCUGAAAAAACAUGAACAAAUUCUCCUAAAACACCCAUAUACGUUCUUUUAGGAAUGGCAAAGCUCUCAGUAUAUAACAUCUAAAGACCUGCAUCGCUAUUUUGAGAGCUUAUCCGUUUCCGCAAACUGGACCCUUCUAUAACAUGCCAUUUACAUCAAAAAUAGAGAUUUGCUUGCAAAAAAGCUAAGUUCUCCUUUAACAGGGAGCAGCCAUCACUGUUACCCCAACACUCUAAUGGGACAUGCUGAAAAGCCUCUAAUUGUGGGGUCCAGCAUAAUGGAUCUGGUCAUCAGGCUAGGCCUUCCUGAGCACACCGUAGCUGUGGUAUUCAGCUGGGACACUGUUCUUCAUGUCUUUGAACACCCUGUUCUGAGAAGGAACAUUAUGGAACACUUCAUUCUGAAGGUUCUAGAACAUUAAGAUCCUUGUUUUUGGAAGUUCUAGAUUAGAGAAAUUGACUCCUCUAAUCCAAAGUGUUCCAGACUUGAUAAUUGGAACUGCUUAUGACAGAUGUUCUAGAACACUCUGACGUCCCCUGCUUUGCUCGUGAACCUUCCAUGUUUAUCAGGGAUGUGUUGUGGAGUUGUUGGAAUCAUAUCAGAAUGUCCUGAACCAUCGGCGACUAUUAAAGGAUGUGCUGAGCCAGCAGCUGUGCUCCUCUCCUCUCAGAGGACAAGCUCACAGUCAAGUCUCCCAACAGCAACACACAUUCACCCCCCUCUGCUACUCUGCUCUCCUCUCCUCCACAGCAACACAGCCUACAUAUUUACAGUUUAUGGGCGCCUUGGCUCGCCAUCAUAUUCACACUCUACUGUGUCUGAUGUUUGUUUGAAGCUGGGCGGCGGCCAUAGCGCACAUUACAAAGCUUUGAAGUGCAAAUGGCGGUCUGCUCCGCUGCACCCUAUGGAGGGCCAGUGUAGAAUAACCACGGUGUGAGAGGAAUACACAGCCAGGGGAUCAUGUGUUGAUAGUCGUUUCCUUGUGUGGGGAUAGAGCGGCGCCAGCAACCCAGUGUGAUGCAGGGUCAAGUUAAAUCCAGACGCCAACACUGGUGGUCAGAACCUCCCUAGUCAGCCAGGCAGCAGAGUAGAGCUGGAGGAGGAGUCAGGGCUCUGAGGGCUGACCUGACUAAGUUUCUUAAAAGCGUUUGCUAAAUGGCAUAGAAUUGUUCUAUUAUAUUACCUCCAGAAUCAAUGCAAUGAACCAACUUGAAAGGGAGAAGCAGAGUAGCAGUAAACAUUCAUCAAUAUGAAAUCAAGUUUAAUGGGGCAAACCUCAGUUCUAACAAAGCACCUCCCCGCCAUUGUUUCGGUAAAAGGCGGAGGGAUUGGGCAAUGUAACCACUCUCAAAUUCAUAGGCAAUGUAACCACUCUCAAAUUCAUAGGCAAUGUAACCACUCUCAAAUUCAUAGGCAAUGUAACCACUCUCAAAUUCAUAGGCAAUGUAACCACUCUCAAAUUCAUAGGCAAUGUAACCACUCUCAAAUUCAUAGGCAAUGUAACCACUCUCAAGUUCAUAGACAGAGCUAUGGAUGCAAGUACUGACCAUCCAUGAUAUCAACACUCUAGCUCUAACUAUGUUUUAAGGCUAUACAGUGUUUGUUUACAUUUACUUUGUUUACAAACAUUGGAGUAAAACAAGCUAAUAGUUUGGAGUUGAACUAAGCCCAUGAGGCAUUUAGAUUCUUUAAGAAUCAAUGCGUAUAUUGAAUGAAUACAUCUAUUGAUGCUCAUGGACACAUCAUCAGUGAUGCAACCUGAGGUCAUUUGGUGUUUGGGGUCUUUCAACAUGAAUUUAUAAGGCCCUUUAACUGGAGAUAUUGAUUUUGUCUUUUAACUUUUACAUUUUUUAAAACCUUGUUGUCUCCCCAUGUCAGUUUUGGAGGUGUGCUGCUGUCCUCUUUGGUGCUGAAGUAUUUAUUCAGGCGGGUCUCCUUCAACCUCCGUCUCUGACACCCCCCCCUUUGAUACUUUAUGUUUACCCCGCUCCACACCAUCAGCCACCAGCUGGCAGAGUGUGGCUUCUAAUGCGCUCAAACCCUGGUGUUACUUAACACGUUUACCUCGUGUUUACCAUACCUUUACCUCACAGGAGGUUGGUGGCAUCUUAAAUGGGGAGGACUGGCUCAUGGUAAUGGCUGGAGCGGAAUCAGGGAAUUGGUAUCAAAUACAUCAAACACGUGGUUUCCAUGUGUUUGAUGACAUUCCAUUUACUCCGUUCCAGCCAUUAUUAUGAUUCGUCCUCCCCUCAGCAGCCUCCUGUGCUUUACCUCAUGUAUCCAACAUGGUCGCCCACAGUGUAUACCUCACUCACCACAGAACAACCCUUUCCCCUCAGGGAGACAACUCCCUCUCACAAAGAGACAGAGAGACAGAGAGACAGAGAAGCAGGAGGAAUGAGCGAUGAGGUUGACUGUCAGAGGACACUGAGAUGUCCUGUCACUCCUUAUCCUGUCUGGGUACUGGCCUGGGUAUGCUACACUGUAUCUGUGUGUAUAUACACUGUAUUUGUGUAUAUCUGUGUGUGUACGAAUGUGUGUGCCUGUCUAUAUGUGCUUGUGCACAGUUGUGCGUUUAUGAGUGUGUGCGGUGUGCUUGGGUAUAAGACCAUGUGUGUGCAGCGUGUGUAAGAGCAUGUAAUGUGUGUAUCUGUGUGUGUGUGUGAAGAAGAGAAAGGGACAUGAGGGGGAACGCUGCGGUGCUUAUAUGUCAACCAGUGCUGGAGGGGCCGAUGACUCCAAUCCUCACCCACGGGAAGUGAAGGAGCAUGUCUCCCUUUUCUCACUCUGUCCCUCAGAAAUGUAGAUAAAGCAUCAGUCCCUGCCUGUCCCUGCCUCGCUCUGAGUCACACACACACACACACACACACACACACACACACACACACACACACACACACACACACACACACACACACACACACACACACACACACACACAUUACUUCAACCCUAACCCUCUCUCAGGAAAAAAGGGAAAAUUAACACUACAACAAGCCAACACUUGAGAUAUUUCCUUCCCUCUGUUUAAUUAAACAUAGACUCCAUCUGCUCUUUUGGUUCGCUUAUUCUUUUCUUCUGCAAUAUUGACUAUGGUUGUUCUCGUGAUUGUUUCUUAUGACUCUGUUCUAGCCUGUUCUAACCAUGGGUGUGUGUAUUAACACUGGAAACAUGUCACGUGUGUGUGGAGGAGGGGUUAUUUGUUCUGCUUAAAGGUUCCGUGCCUAAUCUUUUUCAGAUCAUUCAACCUCUGUUCAUGUGCCACACAGACAUUUAUGGAAUAAAAAUUACGUUGUUUUUUCACAUAAUC